CCAUCUCCGUUCGGUCGACUGAAAAAUCAAUUAUUAUUGCUGCUGCUUUCUGGCAGAGAAACUUAUAACGACAAACAAACAGUUUGAAAUUAGCGUAAUUAGAUAAGAAAACGAACUUUGAAACCAAAGGUGUUAGUCUUUAAAAACGAAACUGAUAAUUAUUUAAAAGAUAAUGCUUUAAACGUACAGCAAAUCAACCAUUAGCCAGCCAAAAUGAGCCAAUGCCAAAGUUAAACAGCAACUAGAAACACAGCGCAUAGUCAACAGCUCGCAGGGAGCCAUCAACGAACCAAAUCGAUCAGGAACACAUAGCAGAGUUGCCUUAGGGACUAGCUUUAACCACGAACCCAUAGCCAAACGAAUCCAGAUAGCCCACGGAAUCCGCUACCAAGCCAAAAUGCCCGCUACAGCCACAUCCAAGCCGAGAGCUCCGCUCGUCGAGGAGGGCAUGACGCCCAAGAAGACCGCCCUGAUCAUCGUAACCGUGAUCGGAUGCAUUGCCAUCCUGUGGCCAAAGGUCUUCCAUCCCAUGAUGUUCGGAGGAGUGCCUCCAAGCCAGCCAAACUUCAAGGAUCCACGAGCAGCACCAGGCGGAUGUUGUGAUGUCGUCCUGGACAGGGAGCAGUUUCUGAAUGCCACGAAGAAGGACACUGUCGAGCCCUUCGGUCCGCAUUUGUAUCGCAAGCAAAUCAAUGUUUACACGGGCGAAAUAAGUCUGCGCCAGGAGCGUCCCGCCCACCUGCAUCCGGAAUCCAUAUACCAGGCCAUGAGGGAGCGGGGUCGCGCCAUUCCCGCCACGCCCACCGUGCCGAUUCUAGAACGAAAGACUUCGCCCAGUAAUCCGCCUCCGCGGAUUGUCGACGGACGGCCUGGACCCAUUCCUGGAAUGCGUCCACCCAUGGGCGCCGGUGCACUGCAUCAGCCACAACAGCGGGGCAGCAGCAUGGGCUUCCUAAUGCCACUCUACACCAUUGGCAUCGUAGUCUUCUUCGGCUACACCCUAAUGAAGAUUAUGUUCAAGAAGCAAGUUCCCAAUGAUCCGUACGGAGCGGCGCCUCCAAAUCCUGCCUUCCGGCAGGAGGUCUUCGGAUCACAGAACCACAGCCAGGUGGAGGAUUUGGGCGGCAGCAAACUGGGAGCUGCCACCGCCACUGCCGCCGCAAAGAAGCCGGCCGCCAAGGACACCGAAAAGGAGCUGUACAACGCCAGUGUGUCGGCCACCGAGGUGGCGAGCAGUUUGUCCGCCUCUCUGAAGAGCCACCAGCAGCUGAAGGAGGCCGAGCAGCUGAUGGAGAUCGAGAAGCUGCGCCAGAAACUCGAGAGCACGGAGCGGGCGAUGGCCCAGUUGGUGGCCGAAAUGAACACCGAUCAGUAUGAGGCAAAGAUGAUUGCCCUCAAGUUUCUCAAGCGGCAGCCAAACUUCUAAGACAAUAAUAACCAUCAUUCAGUUCACAUAGAAUCAGUCAGUAAAACAGACCAAAAUCAGACCAACAACAACUCAGAUCACAACUAAAAAAACGACAACGAAAAAACGAGGGAGCAACCACUAGACAAGCAGAACCUAUCCAAUGGACAUGCAAGCAGCACCGACCAAAAUCCGGAGCAGGAGACCGUGGCGAAGGGAGCCAGGAAACGGCGGGAUCUAAGCGCUGAACAGGAACUGACGUCCAAAUUGGAAGACAACUUGCCGGAGCCGCAGUCCAUUUACUUGGAAGGCGCUUUGGCCCAUGAGUCCCAGAUUUUGGUUGCCGACUCCCAGAUCAAACGCGAAGAAGUCUACGACUCGGAGCUCAAUGGCUCAGCCGAGGAACCAGCCAUCAUUCUUAGCAGCAGAAUGACAUUGUCAUUGAUUAAUUUGGACGCAAAUCAACAAAAUGGAAAUGCAGGCAAAUCCGCAGUGGAAAGUCCUCUGGCUGAUGACAUCGAAAUAAUUGGACACGACGAGCAGUAGAUCGAUUUUUAUAUAUAUAUAAUUUGGCAAUGAACACGACUUGAUUCAGACGAAACUAACUAAUUGCAAGGGCCGAGUGAAAUUUCGUUGCUAAUUUCGUUGAACGACGAACAUUAUGACUGAUUGCCACGAAACAGAUUUGCCAAUAAUUUGAUAUCUGAUUUGUAUAUAUAUACAUAUUGUAUGUUUUGAUAUCUUCGUUUUGAUUUUAAAACGCCAACGUUGUGUCUACUCCCUCUAAAGUAAACCUUAAAACUUUAUGCUCUUGAAAACCUUAAUCAUUUUCGGUCAAAACUUAAAGCCAAACUUGCAUGUCUAGAAAACUCUUUAGCUCGUUUAGAAAACCGCGUCUUUGUGAACUGCAUGAUUUUGUGUGAAUACUCUUAGUUGAAAGUCAAUGCAAAACUAGUCUACCAUUAAGCUAAGCGCAUAUGUAUUUCAAGCCGCAUCGUCUAAUCAAAAUCCGUAGCUACUUGGCAAUGAAAUUACCUUAAAAAAAAAUCCAAUCGAUCGCACGUAAAUCGUAUGAUUAAACAAAUAAAGUUAGUGCCACGGCGUUUGUGAACCUAGUAUAAUGAAUAAAUUGAAAACCGAACUUGAC